CUACGUCACAGGGUUCUAUCCAAACGCGGCGAGGAUGCGGAAUUUGAAAUUUGCGGGCUAGCUGCUAGCUGCUAGCAUAGCGUUUUUCUUUUCUCCUAUGAACCAUGGCGUCGUAUCAUCAUUUAUUACAACACACAACACCGCGGUAUGAAUCUCCUGCCAAGGUGUUCGCCAAGCUGAAGUCUAAAGUGCAGAGAGAAGGGGAGACUUUAACAGGCAGUGGUCCGCUGUGUGGCGUGAGACACACGCAUGGAGCUGUGUUUGAGUCACCGAGGGGGAGAGCAGAGAGCACCUGGAUGACCGAUGAGCUCAGGGAGACUCGGAGGUCUGGUUCGUAUCGCAAUGAAGCGCAGGCCUUGACUCUGUCGCCUAUAUCUAGUCCUCAGAAAACCCACGGGUAUACAAACAUCAGCAAACAUGUGGAGGAAAUGGCUUCUGGAUGCACACCAAGAAAGAGAGCUUUCCUAGAGUCAACAGCGGUGUCAAGACACUCUUUGGUCAGCAGACAGCAGAUCCCCACGGAGUCACCUCAGAUCAGGGACUCUGGUGGCUUCAAGGUGAUCAGCCGGACUCCAGUGAAGGUCCAGCCCGUGGAAAGUGACUAUGAAGGCGGUGUGUUUGUGGAGGGGUGUGCUCCUCUUGACAAACUGCAGUCUCCAGCCUUUAUGUUCUCCCCCAUGAGGAAGAGGUUAAAGAGAACAUGGGAGCCGCAGGGGUUUAACAAAGUCACCAGCAGUACAAAGAUGGUCAGCAAUGAAUCCAUAAGUCAGCCACAAGAAAGGAAAACCUCCAGUGCUUUCUGUGAGGAUAACAGCAGGUGCACUGAGGGUUUGGGUACUGUUAGAGGAUUAUCUGCCGACCCAUCAGAGGAGAACCGAUUCACCCAUGAACCUGUGUUCCCAUCACCAAGAGCCACCGCCAUGAAACGUUGUUAUGUUCCUAUGGAAAGAUUUCCUCCAAUGUCUCCAGCUAAGAUGUUUGCUUUAAUGAAGAACAGGGGAAAUAAAACCAAGCAGCAGGAAGUUAAUAAAGUCAGCAGCAGCACAAGGGAUCUCUUUGAUACAAGUAAAUUCCCUGAGUCUGGAGACACAUCACCUCGCUCCACAGUUCACAACAUGGGUGAGAUGGAGGACAUUGCUUUUAGCGGUGUUCCAGAGAGUGUGGCUCGUAUCAAUGGGUCCAGAGUAGAGUCAGCUGACAGCCAAUCAGAUUCAGAUCCAUCUGAGGAUGUCCUGAGCCCUGCUGUGUCUCCACAACCUGUUUUGCUCGAAGACCCACUUGUACUCAAUACGCCACGGAUUUCCAUACCAAAAAAGCAAGAGGCUGUGUUCAAGCGAAAGCAGUGGCCCCAGAAAACAAAAUUCCCAAGUGAGAGUGUGAUUUAUCUCAAAAAGUGGUUCCUAAGGAAGAAUCACAAGGGCCUGUUUGUUGAUGGAAUCCACCGGGAAGAAAACAUACCUUGGAACAGUAACAUCAUUGUGGACAGGGUUUCUAAUAAUGUGGUGAAGACUGUCUCCGGCAGGGUUUACAUCUUGGUUGAUAAGAUGAAAAUGAGUGUUGACUCUGGGUUACCCAAGUGGCUUUUGAAGAAGUUUGCUAAUGGGUUUCCUCCAGACUGGGAGGCCCUUUAUGAGAAAUCUCUGUCAGAGUCAAGAGAAGACCCCAGCAGAGAAACGGAGAGGAACAGUGAGGGGAGAAGUGUCAUGUCGAAAAAAUCUGAGGCAUCCUCCAUCAUCGGCACGGUGAAGCGUCACAGGCAAAAAUCUUUGAAAACCCCUGAUUCCCGUCUUCUUGCCUCCCCGUCUCGUCCAAACGUGUCCCGAAGUGGUCGUUUGAUCAAGCCACCUUUGGAGUACUGGAAAGGAGGGAGAGUCAUUGUGGAUGCACACAUGAAUGUUACCAUCCAUGAAUGUUAUGAUACAUCCAUCUGCAUCCCUGUCUCUUCAACGGGGUCUACAAGGGCGUCACAGAAACCUGCGCGUGUGUUCCUGCCAUGCAGUGAAGACCGUCGGCAAUGUGAAUCCGCCAGCAACGUAGAGGCAUCAGUACCACUGAGGAGGGUCAAGGCUCCAUUCCGCAAACGCAAUAGCGCCAAAAUUCAGACUGAAAAGAAGCCCUCUUAUUCAACUGAACCUCCUUUGAAGACACUUAGCAGCCCUGAGGAGUGGUCUGGCAGACAAACAAGGUCCAGCCAAAGGCUUACAGCUAGAGAGAAAACAUUGUGUGUGGACACUUUCCCUCAAACGGAAAGGGAACCCGAAAAGUCCUCAACACAGAGGUCGAAAAAACAGUCACAUAACACCACAAGGCAUUCAGUGAGAGUCUUGGCUAGCAAGCGGGCUGUCCAAGCACCCCCAGAAUCUGUUAAUGAUUAUAGAACAUCAGCAUCUUCAGACGAUGGGGUCAGUGGGAGAAAGAAGUCGGGGAAAGAAGUGCCCAGAAAGGGAGGCGGAAAAGUUGUUAACAAGUCAAGGCCAAGCUACAUGUUUCCAUCAAGUGAUUCCUCAAAGUCCUCUGAUGAUGAGAUUGAGAAGGAACUGGGGAAGAGAACCAGAGUAACAACAAAAAAACAUAAACAGAGCAAAUGCACCAAGUCAUCAUCACCAACAAAGCCUUUGACUAGGUUGACACAGUCCAGCAAGAAAAAAAACACAGCAAACAAAGGCAACGCACCAAUUCCACAAGAGCAAGAUGCCGACGAGUGGACAGAGGCGGAGCUUGUGAAGCUACAAGAGGCUGUGUCCUACUAUCCUAAGCACAUGGCAGGUUACUGGGCAAAGGUGGCGAGGAUGGUUGGGACACGUUCUGCAGAAGAGUGCCACUUCCAGCACACAUCCCAGAGAACCUCCCAGACUCCUGCUAAGAGAGCCAAGAAACCCAACAAACCCAAAAAGGAGAAGAUUGAAGCACCAAAAGUUCCAGAUCAUCCGGUGAUAUCUGCCCGAGUGGGAACCUUAAAGAGAAAGCAGCAGGUGCGUCAGUUCCUGGAUGCCAUGCCCCGUGAAGAUGUCGAGGACGUAUUCAGCUCUGCGUACAUGCAGAAUAGACGCUUUGAGAUGCCAUCCAUGUGUCCGAGUGACCACGACUUCACAUUGUCAGAAAUGGAGCCACGGACACCUAUGACGUCAGGUUUCCCCGAAGUGAAGACUCCUCAGUGUCUGCAUAUCACUCCUGGCAUGAUGGGUUCUCCAAACAGGAACAAUGAUGACAAGUACGUCUAUCAACUCCAGAAGAGGAUGAGAAAAAAUCAGUUUAACGUCUGCAAACAGGCCCCUUCUUCAAAGAGCUUCACACCCACGCCGUCCGUUAAACGAACAAUGAGACGAUGUGGUAACACAGAAAAUGACACCUUUCUCGUUUGGGAGAUGUUCCCAGGAAACGCUGGUGUGCUGUCUGAGAGCGAAGAAGAAGAAGAUUUUUACUUCUCAGACAACGACUGAUUAGAGUUGAAACGUUCUAUCAUUUAAGAAAAAAAAUGUAAAAUUGUUUGCAAUAACUAAAAUCAAUACAGUGCGUAUCUGUAAAUAUAGUUUUUCUUUAAAGCCAUAGUCCCAAGACUCAGUUGCUACUAUUCUUUUAAUAAACAUUCUUAAA